AAUGGUUCAAGUGUUAGACGCGGGAUUCAGCCAUCAUGUUUGCUACACGGCCAUCCGCCAUUCGGGCAAUCUCCCAGCAAUGUCCUCGGACUAGCUUCUCGCCAGCUGCCCAUUUGUCCAGCCCAGUAUGGCGGUUCUUCUCAUACAGUGCUCCGCGAGCAAAGGCCGCUGUCAAGGCUAAGAAUCCCGCCGCGCAGCCCAAGGUCAAGGCGCCUCCAGAAGAUACAUUGAGAUUCGCCGGCAGACGGCCUGAGGGCUUCGGCAAAUUGGAACGGAAGGUCGCAAAGACGCCUUUAGGGGAAUUGGUGCUGUUCAAGGCGCCAUCGCACCGCAGCUACGUUCUGGGUGCCUACGGUGUCACUGCCUUCUGCUUCGCGUACGCGGUGUACAACUCCAACAUCACCUUCCGCGACCCCAUCGUACCUCUCCCAAUGUGGCAGCAAGUGACGUUCGGUGGUAUCUGUGUCAUGAUGAGUGUUAUGGGCACUGUGUUCUUGGCCAAAACGAACAAGUUGAUCAGGGCUGUCAAGGCCGUCAACAAGAACGGCCAGACCUAUGUCCGCUUCACGGUCCGCAGCUUCAUUCCCUUCCGCAAACCAUACGAGAUCGACGUGCUUCCUCGUCAGGUUGCCUUCGCUCGUCGCUUGGUGGUUUCGCCUGACACUGCUGGUAAGAGGGAUACAAUUCAACAGACCGCACAGGUGAGCUUCUUCAAGGAACCUCUCAAGAAGAUGAACAUGUCGCUCUACAAGGUGUUUCGGUCGAUUCGCCAGUUGUUCACCGGCGAGGAUUUCAUCCUGGUGGAAGUGCAGGGCCAAAGUGGUGAAUUCCGCUUGGAUUCCGCGGGGUAUAUUUCGCAGGACUUUUUGACCAUUGGCAACCCUGUGACCGUGAGACGCUAG